AUCAGUCUGUGAUUACUCUUCUCGCUCGAUCUGAUAUACCCCCGGGCUUGACCGAGUCGGGGAACGAAGAGAUUUAGAAUAAUAGGCAGAAAGUUAGACGACGAUCGGCCUCAGGGAGCUCAAAUUCCGGAUCCCUUCUCGGGCUGCUCUCCAACUUUCAGUCGCGACCAGAUCAGCCUGUCCUUUAUUCUUCUGCCAUGCGAUAGCUUGCCCCUUUCAAAGCUUCGACGCUGCAAGAUUAGAGACGUUCAGUGAAAGACACAAUGUCUUCUGAUUUGGAGAGACAGAUCGUCCAGGCAGUCGACAUUGCCGCCGGACCGCCUUCUGCGGCUGGGCCUAGCGCCGCAGAUCCAAACCUGCGAAACCAAGCCUUGGAGUUCUUGAACAACCUCCAAACCAUCCCGGAUAAGUGCUGGACGCCAGGAUGGAACCUCUUUACAGCGGGGACUAGCUCGGAAGGUGGUGCGGAGAGGAAUAGUCCGAAUGCUAGAAUGUUCGGCUUGUCUUUGGUCACGUCCUUCUUGGAAGUCGCAGAUCCUGCAAAUCCAGCGACAGGGGGCGCAGUACAGUUCCUGCAAGAAGCUGUCCUCAAAUAUCUUCACGACGAGUUUGUGGUUGGCCAAGGGGAAGCAGGUCUUACAUUCAUCAAAAACAAACUUGCGCAAACAAUCACGCACCUCCUCGUCCAGACAUACACGCUUCCGACGCCCUCGACUUUACUUCCUCAACUUCUCAACUUGCUCCGUACACAUCCACCCGGCUCACCUUCCACGUCCGUCUCUCCGCCGCCGCUCAACGCGGUCGCAUGCGAUAUACUCCUUGCCACACUCCACGACCUCUCCCUGACGCUUGGCUCCGACGUCAGCAUCCGCGCUGCCAAGACGAAGGAAGCACUGGCGCGGGACGCUCAUGUGAAAGAUGAGAUCCGAGCGCACCACGCCUCAGCUUUGGUGGAGGAGGUAUGGUGCAUCAUUGAAGAGUGCUCGACUAAGGUCAGCAAUGGGUCAGGCGAGCGUCAGGUGAAUGGUCCGACGCAUUCUCUCGGUGCGAGCAAUGCAGUCGACUUGCUUGUUCAAGCAGUUCACGUCGCUGGAGACUAUGCGUCUUGGGUGGACAUCUCGUUCAUGGUCACGCCGAGGACAGUACAGCUUCUCCUGUCGUUGCUUCACCAUCAGAUUCCGAAGCUGAGAGGGGCCGCAGCGGAUGCGCUGCUAGAGAUCGUGCUCAAAGGGAUGAAGCCGGAGGAUAAGAUGGAGCUGCUAAAUGUUCUGGGCUUAACAUCAAUCAUCUCAUCUCUCGAGUAUGCAACACGCACGAGCGGCACAAAUGCCCAGCUCCAGGGGUUAGGCUUAGGGGAAAAGACGAACGGUUUCCAUGCGACACCGGAAGCAUCCAGCGUGGAAGGGGUCGAGUUCAGGGAGAGCAUCGCCAAAUUAGCCGAUGGCAUCGCCACUGAGCUUGCAAAGGUCGUCGAGGACGCCAAUGGGCCCGAAGUAGCGCCGACGAGACUCGCAGCAGCCGAAAUGCUCGACAACCACAUGUCUUUGGUCCUUUCCUUCCUCGCAGAUGAAGACGAUGGACCUUCCGAGCAGGUCAUCCCUUGCAUACAUACUGUCCUGGGCGCGUACAAAAAGCUUAAGCGCCGCACGACAGAUCCAUCGAUCACACAGAACUCGGCGAACUUCAUGCGCAACUUGAUGGCUGUCACGCUGCAGAAGAUGAAGUACGACCCGGAUGCAGAAUGGACAGGGAUCGGCUCGGACGAUGCUGAGGCUGAUGAUGAUGAAACAGACGAGGACGAAUCUGCUUUCAAAGAGCUGCGCAAGAGUCUCAAGCAGAUUGCUGCGGCUGUCGCCGGGCUGGACGAGGGACUUUUCGCGGCGUCAGUGCAAGGUAUCAUCUUUAGCACGCUGCAGCGUUUCGAAACGAGCACAACCGGGGGAGCAACUCCACCGACAUGGCAGGAAAUGGAGAUGGCACUCUACGCGACGUGGUUCUUCGGCGAGACGUUAGCUUCUGCUACGGGCCAAACCAAGUUCGGCUUGACGCCCGCAGCCUUUGUCGACACUUCAGAUUUGCUAAACUCUACAGGCAGGAAAGGUGCCCCUAAGAUGAGCGUAGAUACGCUACGGUCGUUACCUUUGAACAUCCUCGGAGAGACCAUCGCCCGCCUGGCCCAGUCCAGCGUGGCAUCUUUUGCUCAUCCAGCGGUGCAAUUGCAGUUCUUCGAAUGUCUAGUGAGGUACUCGGCGUUCUUUGCGGUGCAGCCUCAUGUUCUACAGCGCGCACUCGAGCCUUUCCUGGAUGCUCGAGGCAUCCACAAUCCCAAAAAGGGCGUACGGCACCGCGUCAAUUAUCUACUGUCCCGCUUCGUACGAGAAACGCGUUUGCAGAUCCCUCACGAUCUGGUCAGUACCGUGUUGGAGAGCAUGCAAGUUGUGCUCGUGAUCAACGCUAAGCUCCCAGAUGUCAACCCCGGCGAAGACCCUCUAGCAAAAGCAACAGACAAGGCCGGUUCUUUCGAUAGCCAGCUGCAUCUGUACGAUCUCAUUGGCAUCCUUUUGGCGCUCUUGGCACAGGAGCCAGAUAAGCAGACCAGCCUGUUGGCUGCGAUCAUUGCACCGCUCUCGUCCGGGCUGGAGCAGGCCGUUCAGCGCUUCGAGGCUUCAGGCAGGACAGACCUGGUGCAAGUUCUACAAGCACAUCACCUCAUUCUCGCGAUGAGCAACCUUGCAAAGGGUUUCCCAGACGCCACGUUUUCGACCAAUGCAGAGAAUGGCACCCCGCCUGCAUGGGUCGAUGCUUUCAAGGCCAUUACCGAGCAGAUCAUGGCCGCCGUCAGCAGCCUUCGGCAGUACUACGUUGUCCGAGAAGCCGGAAGGGGCGCCUUUGCCCGCAUCGUGUCGACGAUCGGCCGUGCGGCUUUGCCAUUUGUACCCACGCUUAUCGAUUCGCUUCUCAGUGAAGUCACGUCCGUGGAACUGGUAGAUUCACUCAACUUCCUCGGCCUCGUCGUGCAUCGAUACAAGGGCGAUGUGCGAAGUGUCAUGGACGACAUUCUCUUGCUUCUCAUCGAGCGCAUCUUCUUCUUCCUCAAUCAACCUGUCACGGGCACGGAUGACUCUGUUGAGCGCACAGAGUUGCAAAAGGCGUACAUUGCCCUGAUCCACGCGAUCAUUCAGUCUGGCCUCGACGGUGUCCUCGUGUCGGAGAAGAAUCAAGGCCAGCUGCAAACGCUCCUGCAAAGCUUGGUCUACUAUGCUGGAAAUGCGACUGACAGGACUUGUCAACGAUCUGCGGUCACGACGCUGAGCGGCAUCGUUUUCCAGUGGGGAAGCACCAUGCAGGGAUUUGAAACAUUCAUUUAUGAUACUCUUGUUCCUUUGGUAUUCGAGACUCCCGCCAAGCCAGACUUCGACCUCGCGGACGCGCAAUCCCAACAGGUGCUCGGGGAGCUGGCCAGCUUGAUCAAAAAGAUCUAUGCCACCCGCGGCGAGGAAGUGCUGAACUUCCUCGUCACCUCCUAUUUCCCGCGCAUCAACUGCCCGCCUGAACUCGCGCAAGAGAUGGCUGGUGGUCUCAAGAGCCAGGACGUCAAAGCAUACAGGAAGCAGCUCCAAAAGUUUGUCAACCUCUCGACGGGCCGGUCGUAAAUCGUACAUCAUGUAUCGAUAAUUGCAUGACAUAACUUCAAAUGCAU